UCGCAUAAUUAGAGUCGGAGAUUUGGUGGUGUAGAGCGUGUAGACGAGGCUGCUGUGCCGUGGUUCCCAGGGGAGAAGACGCCUAGUGAGCAAGUUCUGAGUGUCGUAGGAGACGUCUCGACCUGCCAGUAGGCUUCCAGCCCCCGUACCUCUUGCAAUAGAUCCAGUAAUGGCUGUGUUUGUGCCGGACAAGCUGCAGCAUUCUCAGUCCAUUGAGCAGUUUCUCAAGGAGAUAGAGGAUGACUUUGGAGCUCCGGGGAACUCCAAGUUUCAGGACUACAUCCCCAAGAGCAGAAAGAACCUGCAGGCCAUGGAAGAGAGUUUAGCAGGCGACAAGACUCAUAUCCACAAGUUGUGUGGAGCUCUCAAGGAGCUGAGCAGAGCAGGGGAACAACAUGGUCAGUGUAUGGGGACACUGGCGGAUCAUCUGGUGAGGUUUGGUACACAUGUCAACCAAACCGAUCCCACCAUAGGAAACUCGUUUGUCAAGUUUGGGACAUUAAUGAAUCAAAUGUCAAGUCUUCUGUCAAAUAUGGCAACAUCGACGAGGAACAUAAUUUUCUACUCUCUGAGCAUGUUGUUUGACAACGAAAUGAAAGGAAACAAGUACAAGUCAGAUAUAAAGAGUCUUACAGGGCAGUACCAGAGUGCCAAGGACAAAGUGGAGAAGGAAGAGAGAAAGACCCUGGCUGCCGCUGGCUGUAAUGUCACUGAGAGAGUCUUCUCUGGCGAGGAGUUGUCAGGGAAGCUUAUAACUGAGAGGAGAAGGUUCCAGCUAGGAGUAUGUGAGUACAUGUUGAGAUUCAACGAUGUCAAGACAAAGGAAGGAGUGGAUCUGGCAGAGCAUCUCAUUGCAUACUACCACGCACAAGACACGUAUUUCAGGGAGGGUGGGAUGGUGUUGGCCGCUCUCAAGCACUGGGAGGCAAAGUUCAACAGUCAAAUCUCACAGAUGCGGGCGACGCAGGACGAAGAGAAGAAGAAGCUGCAGGUAGCGAGGGAACGUCUGCGGGGGGCUCUGGGGAUCGGGACCAAAAUCCAGGCCCCCACUCACCUGGACCCCAGUGCCAGUACAGGUCUGACGGACAAGGAGGGGUACCUGGGGAAGAGGCCGGAGAACCCUCUGAGACUGGCUCGCAAGGCGUGGCCCAAGAAAUACUGCACCGUCAGCAUGCAGGGGUUCACUAUGGGGCAGAGCCACAACCACGCCCCCCACGUGAAGAUUCCAGUCAUCCAUUUCCAGUUCAAGGAGGCGGAGCCUGUGGAGGGCAGACCCUUCUGCUUCAAGCUCAUCACACAGACCAAGACGUAUGUGUUUGAUGCUGAGUCUGAGAAGGACCUCAAGGAGUGGCGGGAGACGAUGCAGAAUGUGCAGCUGAAGCUGUUUGCAGGGGACGCCGAGGAGAGCACUCUUCAUAGACAACGCAGCACUUACAACAGCAGCCGCACCAGCACUGCCCGGGAACACAAGGAGCUAGUGAGGAGGAUCGUAACAAGGAUCCGCAGUCUCCCUGGCAACGACAAGUGCUGUGACUGCGGCGGUCCGGAGCCGACAUGGCUGAGUGUCAAUCUCGGGAUCCUCAUCUGCAUCCACUGCUCGGGGAGACAUCGGGAACUCUCAGUCCAGUACUCCAGAAUCAGGUCGCUGGAGCUGGACAGUCUCAAGACUCCUGAACUGCUGAUAGCACUGGUAAUGGGUAAUGGACUACUGAAUGAAGUUUUAGAAGCCAACCUGAUGGAAUCUAAACCUGCACCUGAUUGCUCCACUGAGGUACGACAUGAAUUCAUCACCAACAAGUACAUCCACAGACGGUACACCGAGGCCAGUGUCGGGAAAGAUGCUUUACUCUCUGAACUACUCGAUGCCAUCGAGUCUCGUGAUAUCAAACAACUCCUCCAGGUGUAUGCAGAGGGAGUGGACCUGCGCACUCCACUGCCGGGGUACCCCAUGGGGUACACCGCACUCCACCUCGCCAUCGAACUGGAGGACAUGACAUCACUCCACAUUGUCGACUUUCUCCUAGGCAACGGACGGACUGAGAACUGCGUGGACUCAGAGGGGAAUACCCCUCUCCACCUCGCCGUCGGCAACGACCUCGCUCAGUGUGUCAAACUCCUCCUCCUGCACGGAGCCGACAGCACCAUCAAGAACAAUGCAGGAGUGUCUCCAGUGGACAUUGCUAAAGACAAGUCACAUGAAGAAUGUAUGGAAUUGCUGCAAGAUGCAGAGAAGAAGAAGUUUGGUAAGGGUGAACACAUUGAUAUAGACUGGGGAGUGGAGGACGAGGAUGAUGAGAUUUACCAGACCCCCACCCUGGCCAGCCAACCUCUCCCCUCUCCCAACUUGCCCCACCACGGAUCCUCCAUCAAACGCAGUGACACCACCGGAAAUAUCUCUGAGUCGAAGACGCCUCCAACGGUGCCGAAGAGUCCGUCAGCUCACGACAACCUAAUGAGACGAAGGCCUCUCUCGACCGUUGUACCCUCCAAGUCAGCGUCUAGCACACCAGACACUCAGCCUCGCCAUAUUGGCCCCGCCCCCCAGCCGGGUGUGUUCCCUCCGCCCAAGGGGCCACCACCCCCUCCUCCGCGGGGGGCCUCCCAGAACGCCGAGGCCUUGCCCGUGCAGAGGUAUGCCAGACCAGUUCCUCCAAAGAGGGACAAGAAGAAGCGAGUGUCCAUGUUUUCUGACACGCAGCAGCAGCAGGAGGAGAGGGACAACCGUCCUCACUUUUCAUCGCUGGUGGUAGUGGCGCUGUACGAUUGCCAGCCUGACAGGAAGGAUGAGUUGGGGUUCAAGGAGGGAGAGAGGAUAGUGGUGACUAGGAAGAUUAACCACGACUGGUGGAAGCAACUGGUGAAGCUGAGUGAAGAGAGCCUCAUGAAGGAGCCGGAGGAGGUCUUCGACUUAGAAGAGAAGAUAGGCGAGGGGGCGUAUGGUGCAGUGUUCAAGGCGGUGCACAAGGAGUCGGGGCAGCUCCUGGCAAUCAAGCAGGUCCCCGUGGACUCUGACCUCCAGGACAUCAUAAAAGAGAUCAGCAUCAUGCAGCAGUGUGACAGUCCUUAUGUUGUCAAGUACUACGGAAGCUACUUCAAGAACACAGACUUGUGGAUUGUGAUGGAGUACUGCGGUGCUGGGUCGGUGUCCGACAUAAUGAGAAUCAUACCCCGACCUCUAAAGGAAGAAGAAAUAGCGGUGAUACUGUACUAUGCUCUGAAAGGACUCGAGUACCUCCAUUUCAAGAGAAAGAUACACAGAGACAUAAAGGCAGGGAACAUUCUUCUCAACUUGGACGGACAGGCCAAACUCGCUGACUUCGGAGUGGCAGGACAGCUAACAGAUACGAUGGCCAAGAGAAACACGGUCAUCGGGACUCCAUUCUGGAUGGCCCCAGAGGUCAUCCAGGAGGUCGGCUAUGACUGUCUCGCUGACGUCUGGUCUCUUGGGAUCACCGCUCUCGAGAUGGCAGAGGGCAGACCACCCUAUGCUGACGUACACCCCAUGAGGGCAAUAUUCAUGAUACCGACAAAGCCUCCUCCGACUGUGAAGGAACCGGAGAAGUUCAGUCCAGAGUUCUGUGACUUCAUCUCCAAAUGCCUGGUGAAGAACCCAGAGGAGAGACCAUCUGCCACCGCCCUACUCCAACACAAGUUCCUAAGGUUGACCAAGACAGUAAAUGUACUGAAGGACCUGGUGCAGUAUGCAAUGUCACUGGUAGAGGAGGAGGAGCAAGAGGGAGAGGAGGAAGAGGAGGAGAAAGACGAGUUUUUCACCGCACAGGCCAACACCCUGCUCAACCAGUACCCCAGCAGUAGUCGUGGUAACGGGACAAUGGUGGAAAAGGAGUUUGAUCUUGGGACAUUGGUGAUUGUGGAUGACACAGAGGACGAUAUGGACACCAUGAAGAGGGUUGACACGGGUGUGGUCCAGAAGGAGUCUGGAGAGAGCCAGCCAAACUUCAUGAGGUUCUUUGCUAAGGAGGACCAGCAGAAGAAGGGUCGCAAGCAGCCGAUGGCAGGGCCCCAGAACAUCUCCUACUUCUUCCCCGACAUCCCCGAGGGAAUGGAGCUGAGGGACUUUCUGAAAACACUGACGGUACAGCAACUGGAAGAACACAUGUCAGAAUUGGACAAAUUCAUGGACCAAGAACUUGAGGCUCUCAGGAAACGCUACCAUCAGAAGCGUCUGCCCAUCCUCCAAGCCAUGGAUGCCAAGAAGAAGCAGUACCGCUGAGCACUGGUCUCCUCUGGCGGCCAUUUUUAUAUACUUCAAUUAAAACCCUCUCCUCACUGUCUUUCUUCUUCACCAUGCCCCUUUUCUGGACUUUAAUUAGGGGGUGUGGUACUCACAUCACCAUCUCACUGCAAAAGAUUUCUGCAUGGUCAUUAAUUUUUUUAUAAUAAAGUUCUUGUAUGACUAUAAUAUUGUCAGUCAAAUUUACAAAACCACAUGAAGGAGAAAAUCAAGUUAAAAAUUUUUUGUUAAGUUGGUGGUGAGCCCAGCAUGCAACUGGACAUAAAAUGUACAAACUAGGUUUGGGCAAAGGUUUCUGUCUCUAGAGUAAGAUCUGAAGUGAGAGGGUCUGUUAUUCUCCUGAAACAAGCGACGAAUACUCUGCUUCCUGCCCUCUCCACCUUCUUGCCCUCCUCUGUGACGCUACUCAGCAGUGGAACGACAGGGUCCUCCCCCUCCUCCCCCUCGCUUACUCUCUGGAACAGUGGGAAGGAGGUGAAAUGCUCCACCAUCCACUGAUGUAGCUCUUCCACGUCUGUAGCUGUAUAGACUAUGCCUCCCUCCUCCAUGAGAUAGGCAUAUUCCGCCAGAAUCAAACUGUUGACAAUUCUCCACUUGUGCUUCGUCUUCUUGAAGUGAGGGUCAGGGAACAGAAAGAACAUCUUCCUCAGUUGGCCCUUCUCCAGGUAGUUUGGGAGGUAUUUCAUCGCGUUUGUUCUCAGGACAGCCGCGUUCCCGUAGCUACCUGGGUGCUUCUGUCGCAGAGCCAUCAGCCUGUCCUGAACGUAGUCGGACACUUUAACGCGUAUCUCCACCCCUAGUACUAGAGUGUCCGGAUAGAGUUCGGACAGCCGAACAAGGAGACCUCCGUAGCCACACCCAACGUCGAGAAACCGGACAGCUUUGCCCUGUUCCCAGGCGGGGAAGAGAGUUCGCCAAUCCAUGAGGUUGGGACGAGCGGGAUAGGAGAACGUGUGGUCUGCCAGAGGGUUGGAGUGAGCUCUCUGGCGGUAGAACCUCUUCUGCGGAAGAUCCACAUUCUCGGCCAUCGCAUA